CCGAAUUCUGAAAUCUCUUCUUUGACUUUGAAUGAUGUUGCAUUCUGUACACGAGUUGUUGUAGUCGCCCUCUACUGGAGGCUGCUGUACGGGUUAUCUUGGCGUAGCAGCUGAGCUGUACAUAGUUAGUGCUAUCCAGAAUUCUUGGGACGUCCCUACCCUAUCAACGUUUCCUAAACUCUGUCCUGGGGACCUCAAGGGGUGUAAGUUUGGGGUUUUGCCCCAGCACUACGCAGCUGAUUCAAACAACCAAAGCUUGAUGAUUAUUUGAAUCAGCUGUGUAGUGCUAGGGCAAAAACCAACACGGGGUCCCCAGGACGGAGUUUGGGAAACCCCUAACCAUAACCCUUACCUAGUUUAAAUUCCACUUCAGUAGGGACGUCCCAAGAUCCCGUAUAGCACUGAGUCCAAUUUGAAACCUAUCCAGUAAAUGUUUAAACAUCCUAUUCGAACAACAGAACAUCAAUUUACCUGAACAACUUUCAUGUCAAUCCACAUGCAGAGAAAUCUGUACAAACAGUUCCAGGAGGAAGUGGUCGGUCUUUUGAAUACGUCACUCCGUCGAAUAAGGAAGGGGACGUCAUCUUAAACUGUGAGUUGGAAGGGGUGUCAGAGUUUAAAUAUGUCGUGGAUAAGGGAAGAUGAAUUGAACCUCAUUGAGAAGCUCUCAGCCAACAUACUGAAGGCUGGCCCGAUGCCCAAACAUGUGGCCUUUAUCAUGGACGGCAACCGGCGCUAUGCCCGCAAGCGUCAGGUGGAGCGCCAGGAGGGACACACACAGGGUUUUGACAAACUGGCAGAGACACUACGCUGGUGCCUGAACCUGAGCAUCCAUGAGGUCACGGUGUACGCCUUCAGCAUCGAGAACUUCAAGCGGUCUAAAGACGAGGUGGACGGCCUAAUGGAGCUGGCCAAGCAGAAAUUCAUCCGACUGCUAGAAGAACAGGAGAAUCUGGAGAAGCAUGGGGUGUGCAUCCGGGUGUUGGGAGACCUGACUCUACUGCCUCUGGACCUGCAGCAGCACAUAGCCCGGGCUGUGGUGGCCACCAGCACUCAUAACAAAUGCUUUCUGAAUGUGUGCUUUGCCUACACCUCAAGACAUGAAAUCGCUAAUGCCGUCAGAGAGAUGGCUUGGGGUGUGGAGCAGGGACUUAUCAAAUCCAGUGAUGUGUCGGAGGCCCUGCUGAGUCGGUGUCUAUACAGCAGUAACUCUCCCAAUCCUGACCUGCUCAUUCGCACGUCUGGAGAGGUGCGACUCAGUGACUUCCUGCUGUGGCAGACGUCCCACUCCUGCUUAGUGUUCCAGUCAGUCCUGUGGCCAGAGUACUCCUUCUGGAACCUGUGUGAUGCCAUUCUGCAGUAUCAGCUCAAUCACAGACCUCUUCAGAAAGCCAGAGAUCAACACAGAGAAGGACAGGCCCUACAGCAGCAUGAGGCAGACCGGGCCUGUGUAGCAGACCUACAGCACCACGGCAAUGGAAAGCCCCUGGAUGCCCAGAGGAGACAGGAAGCACUGCUCAACUACAUUGCCAGCCGAGAGGAACGGGUUCAGAACUUCCUUGGUGCACUCCAGCACAAGAGAGACUCCUUCCUUACUGACUUAACCAGCCAAGCUGCUCUGGCAUAAAGAGGGGAGGAGGGGAACAUAAUGCUCCCCAUCUUGAAUUGGUGGAGCAAUCCCAUCUCUCCUCCUCUUCCCUAAAAGGCUGAGUGGUUUGAAACUUCUUAUUUUGUAUGAGUGUUUUUACCCCUAUGGGGCUGUAUGUGGGAUAUUUGUGUGUGUAUUCUAAAAGAGAAGUCUGAUCAAAGUCUAAUAAAAAGAUAAGCCUGGUAAA